AAUUCUGCCAGAUAACCAGGCAUGUCGGACUCUGAAGAGGUUGUCGAAGAAUAUGAGCAGGAGCAGGAAGAGGAGUACGUGGAAGAAGAAGAGGAAGAAUGGAUAGAGGAAGAAGACGGUCAGGAAGAACAAGUAGAGGAGGUGGAGGAGGAGACCGAAGAAACAAAGGCAGAAGAACAAGAAGAUGAAACGAAAGCACCAGGAGAAGGUGGAGAAGGGGACCGAGAGCAGGAGCCUGGGGAAGGUGAAUCGAAGCCAAAGCCCAAGGUCUUCAUGCCAAACCUGGUGCCUCCCAAAAUCCCAGAUGGCGAGAGACUGGAUUUUGAUGACAUCCACCGCAAGCGCAUGGAGAAGGACUUGAAUGAACUGCAGGCCCUCAUCGAAGCCCACUUUGAGAGCAGGAAGAAGGAGGAAGAGGAGCUCAUGUCCCUCAAGGACAGGAUUGAACAGCGGCGAGCAGAGAGGGCAGAGCAGCAGCGGAUUCGCAGCGAGAGGGAGAAGGAACGCCAAGCCCGCAUGGCCGAAGAAAGAGCUCGCAAAGAGGAAGAGGAGGCGAGGAAGAAGGCUGAGGAGGAAGCACGGAAGAAGAAAGCUUUCUCCAACAUGCUGCAUUUUGGAGGCUACAUGCAGAAGUCAGAGAAAAAGGGUGGGAAGAAGCAAACAGAGCGAGAAAAGAAGAAGAAGAUCCUCAGUGAACGGCGGAAACCCCUGAACAUCGACCACCUCAACGAAGACAAGCUUAGGGACAAGGCCAAGGAGCUAUGGCAAACCAUCCGCGAUCUGGAGGCUGAGAAAUUUGACCUGCAGGAAAAGUUUAAGCGGCAGAAAUACGAGAUCAACGUCCUCCGAAACCGUGUUAGUGACCACCAGAAAGUCAAAGGAUCAAAGGCUGCCCGUGGGAAGACCAUGGUGGGUGGCCGGUGGAAAUAGAUGACUCAGAAGGCAAAUGAGGCUCGGCCACAGAGAGGUGUAGUGCCUUUUGGUCAAC